AUGGCUCUGUUACGAAAAAUUAAUCAGGUGUUGCUGUUCCUUCUGAUUGUGACUCUUUGUGGGAUUCUGUAUAAGAAAGUUCACAAAGGCACUGUGCUCAAGAAUGAAGCAGUUUUAAUGUUUCCAGAUGAUGACUCUGAGACUCCUGAAGAAACGGAAGAGGAGAUUCCUGUGGUGAUCUGUGCAGCGGCAGGGAGGAUGGGUGCUGCUAUGGCUGCCAUCAACAGCGUCUACAGCAACACGGACGCCAACAUUUUGUUCUAUGUAGUUGGACUCCGGAAUACUCUGUCUCGAAUACGAAAAUGGAUUGAACAUUCCAAACUGAGAGAGAUAAACUUCAAAAUCGUGGAAUUCAACCCUAUGGUUCUCAAAGGGAAGAUCAGACCAGACUCAUCGAGGCCUGAACUGCUCCAGCCUCUGAACUUUGUUCGAUUUUAUCUCCCUUUGCUUAUCCACCAACACGAGAAAGUCAUCUAUUUGGACGAUGAUGUCAUUGUACAAGGUGAUAUCCAAGAACUGUAUGACACGACCCUGGCCCUGGGCCACGCAGCAGCUUUCUCAGAUGACUGCGAUUUGCCCUCUGUUCAGGACAUGAACAGACUUGUGGGGCUGCAGAAUACAUACAUGGGCUAUCUGGACUACCGGAAGAAGACUAUAAAAGACCUUGGCAUCAGCCCCAGCACCUGCUCUUUCAAUCCUGGUGUGAUUGUUGCCAACAUAACGGAAUGGAAGCACCAGCACAUCACCAAACAAUUGGAGAAAUGGAUGCAAAAAAAUGUGGAGGAAAAUCUCUACAGCAGCUCCCUGGGAGGAGGGGUGGCCACCUCCCCAAUGCUGAUUGUGUUCCAUGGGAAAUACACCACAAUCAACCCCCUGUGGCACAUAAGGCACCUGGGCUGGAGUCCACAUGCCAGAUAUUCGGAGCAUUUUCUGCAGGAAGCCAAAUUACUCCACUGGAAUGGAAGACAUAAACCUUGGGACUUCCCCAGUGUUCACAACGACUUAUGGGAAAGCUGGUUUGUUCCUGACCCUGCAGGGAUCUUUAAACUCAAUCACAAUAGCUGA